UUAACAACUCCAGAGAUUAGAGCAGCUAUAUAUCGCAAACUUAGCCAGCUCACCCUUGAUAUCCCCCAAACAGUCGCUCGUCAACAACUAAAGCUAUGGCUUCCGUGACUCCGUCUCCCACCAUUCUCGUACCCCACCUACCACCAAAAACUCUAGUCGGCAUAGACCUCAUUACCUUCACAUCCACGCCGAAUUUCCACGGCAUCCGCGACCUACCCGAUGGAUGGCACUUUCUCUACACAGGAACGACAGAAAGUCUGUCGUUGAGGAGUGGCGGGUGGUUUUACGUCGGCGAUAUCAGCGUAGCCGGGCACAAUAAUGAGGGUGCGUUAAUUUCGGCCCCGCUCGGAAAUCUAGGAAACGAGGUGAUUGUUUGGAAAUGGGAUACGGAGGCCGAAACCCUGGCACCCUUACUUGCUAGCGAUGGUGCGGAUAGACAGGAAGCAAUGCGGCAUAAGGCCAAUCUAGCGGCUGUUUGGCAAAGUGGAGGGUUAUUCCGCUACCGCAGUCGUGUGCCAACGUCAUCUGGAGGAAAGGCUCAAUCGCGGGAUGUUGGGGACGACGAGAAUGAGAAGGAAGGUCGACGGGACUGGGAAGGUCUCACGGACCGGUUGUCCCCGACGCUUUUGAGACGCGUUGUCGGGAGCCCUGAGAUUGAUGUGGAUGGGCGGCCGAGGUGGAUGGUUACUUCGGCGAGCACGGCACAAAGGGAUAGUGAAAACAUACCAGGGAUUCCUGAACCGGGUCAGGACUCUGAUAAACUAGCGGGCGUCAUUGGGGAACAGGAGAGCGAGUUUUCGUUCCUACCGAUUAACCUAAAGAGGACUUGGAGGGAGGGGGCUGUUGGACGUGAGAGGACUGAGGCUGCCCAGGAUCGUUCUUGGGCGCUUGGAGAUCUCAUACAGCAAAUAUCCAUUACGGACCGAGAAUCAAACGAGGUCGAUGAGCAGUUCGGGGAGUCGCAGAUCCUGGGUGAACUGCAGUUUACUUUCCUGAUGGUAUUAACGUUGAUGAAUUACUCAUGUCUUCAGCAAUGGAAGAGAUUACUGAACUUGAUACUUACUUGUCAAAGAGCCAUAUAUGAGAGAGAGCAGUUUAUGAGUAACGUGCUCCGGUUGCUCUUGCUACAGCUUCAAAGAUGUGACGAUAUCGAAGGAGGGUUCUUCGACCUUGAUGGGGAAGAGGGCGGAGAGUUUCUACGAAAGCUGCUGAUGAAGUUCAGGACGUCGCUCUAUCAAGUUAUUGAGGAUGCCGGGCAACCGGUGAAGGAUAGUUUCAAGAAACUGGAAACAUGGGUGAAAGAUGAAUACGAUUGGGAGCUCAAUCGUGGCGCUUUUGUACGGCGAGGCAUGCUUCAGUUAGAGGAUGGGGAGCAAGUUGAAAUGGACAUGAGCGACAAUGAGGACGAUGAGAAGGGAGAAUAUGCCCCCGUUGUGGUAGACCUGGGUGAAGGCAACAUGACGCAGGAUGAAUAGUGACAUUGGUAUGAAUUGACAUGCACUAAUGAAGAGUUGGUGUCAAUCCUUACAUAUAAACUACCUUAUCCCGGUGUCAUGUUCUUAGGUAAUCGUAGCAAAUCGGGGAUACGGACUGGAAAGCCAAAAACAUUAAACAAAACGCUCAAUUACAUCUAUGAUCUAUGAUAUGUAA